ACUGGCGGAAUCCACUGGGCGUGUGGGUGAUCUCAGGUCUCCAUGUGUUUCCUUUGUGGUUGUUUGGCUUGCAGUAUGGAGUGUUUGUGUCACAUCUAAGUUUCCUCCCAUAUAGCAUCCAGAUGGCAGGCUUAAUUGUUCUGGGUAGUGGUCGUCUGGUAUGUGGCAUCACAGAAGUGUGGUGUUUGUGUUCGCAUAUUUACAGCAUCUUGGUCAACUCUUCCUCUCCAAAGUGAAGAGCACUAUGGAGAAAGAUGUGACAGCUAGCCAGCACAAGCACUGGCGUACUACUCAGGAGCGUGUUGAGAAAUACAUUUCUGACAACCUUUUCAAAGAUGUCAACUUGCGUGGAAAGCUGUACCCCAAGGCAAAAGAAGUUGACAGGCUGUUUCACUGGGGAUUGCCACUGGGUGAGAAGACAUGGGAAAAAUGGACCUUCAAGAAUAUUACCAUGCAGGACUUCAAGCCAAUAAAGGCUGGCAUGGCCUAUGGUCCACUUUGGAGCACCCACUGGUUCAAGGUGGAAGUGAACAUUCCUGAGGAUUGGGUCCAGCAGGAGGUGUGGCUGCACUGGGUGAGUCAGGGUGAGGCCAUGCUGUGGAGUGCCAAAGGAGAGCCACUGCAGGGGUUCUCACCUGGUGGAGUGCAUCUUAGCCCAGUCAAAGGAGCUAAUAGAACUGGUGCGAUGGAGCCAGACCAAAGCCGGACUGACUACAUGCUCAGCUCAUGCUGGUCAGGCUCUCAGGAGACUCAGGUGUUUUACAUUGAGAUGGCCUGUUGUGGUAUGUUUGGUGCUGGUGCAGAUGGUAUGAUCAGUCCCCCAGAUGAAGGUAGCGUCUUUCAGCUUGAGGCAGUGGAAGUGAGCACUCGUGACAAGUUAGUGUACAAGCUGUUGACUGACAUUGACGUGUUGCAUGACAUGACAGUUUCUCUGGGCAGUAAUGAUCCCCGGGCUCACCAGGCAUUGUAUACUUCAAACCACAUGAUAAAUUCCAUUAUCAGUGGCAAUUACAGUCAAGCCAGCCAACUUGCUGAUACUUUCUUUACCAAGAGGAAUGGAGACCUGGCUCACACUGUGGCCAUGAUAGGCAACUGCCACAUUGACUCAGCCUGGUUGUGGCCAUACUCAGAGACCAAGAGAAAGUGUGCUCGUUCUUGGUCCUCAACUGUGCAGCUGCUGGAGGAGUACCCAGAGAUGAAAUUUGCCUGCUCACAGGCGCAGCAGUUUUCGUGGGUCAAGUUGCACUACCCAGAACUAUUUGACAAGAUCUGCCACCUGGUUAAGGCCAAGCGCUUCAUUCCUGUUGGUGGAACUUGGGUGGAGAUGGAUGGGCUCAUUCCCAGUGGUGAGUCCUUCAUGCGACAGUUCCUGUAUGGACAGCUGUUCUUCAAGAGAGAAUUUGGUGCUCUGUGUGAAGAGUUUUGGCUGCCAGACACCUUUGGUUACUCAGCUCAGUUUCCACAGAUCUGUAAGAGCUUUGGUAUCUCUCGAUUCUUGACCCAGAAGAUGUCUUGGAGUUUGUUCAACAAAUUUCCUCAUCAUAACUUCUUAUGGGAAGGUCUGGAUGGUUCCACUAUUCUUGCACACUUUCCUCCUGGUGACUCCUAUGAGCUGAGAGUAAGGGUGAAGGAAGCUAUUCGCACAGUAAACAACCUGCAGGACAAGGGUCGUGUCAGCACCUCAGCCUUCCUUUAUGGGCAUGGGGAUGGUGGUGGUGGCCCCACCAGGAACAUGCUGGAACGUAGCCGCCGCCUGAGGGAUGUGGAUGGCUGUCCAAGGAUGGAGCACAUGUCCCCCAGUGCCUUCUUUGAGCGCCUUGAGGCUGAGCAGCACAACCUGUGUCGCUGGGUGGGUGAACUCUACCUAGAGCUGCACAAUGGCACCUAUACUUCACAGGCUAGAACUAAGAAACAGAAUCGCAUCUGUGAGUUUUCCCUACGAAACACUGAGAUACUCCUUGCUGUAGUGGCUGUGAAAGGCAGAAUGAAAAAGGAAGAACUACUUAGUCAUCAAGAUAACCUGCAUGAUGCAUGGGAAAAGGUCUUGUUGAAUCAGUUUCAUGAUGUCAUUCCUGGCACGAGUAUUGGUUUGGUGUACUGUGAUGCUGACCGCUUGUACAAAGAGGCACUGGCCAGCAGUGAAGAGGUGCAAAGAGCUUGUUGCCCUUUCCUCUUUAAAGAUCCAGAGAAGAAAGUUGGGGAGAUGGUAGUAAUAAACACUUUGCCUUGGCCAAUGAGGCAGGUGAUGGUAGUGAAGGAAGAGGGAAAACACGAAGUUAAACAGUCAGCUGGGGAAGGACAAUACUAUGUGGCAGUAGAAGCACCAGGAAUUGGCUGGAGCAAACUUUCUACCUCUCUCAGCCCACCCCAAGUUACUGUUUCAUUCAGCAACAACAGAUACAUCUUGGAGAACCAGUACAUGAAAGCUCAAGUGAACACCUUUGGUCAGGUAGAGAGCUUGAUACUGGCAGGUGACUCUCAGGAUGUGUUCAGGAGGGAAGGUACACAUGUGGGCCAAGGGAACCAACUUGUGCUAUUUGAUGAUGUACCUUUGUACUGGGAUGCCUGGGACACCAUGGACUACCACUUGGAGACUGGAAAAGUGCUUAAUAUCAAGGAGAGUGGUUGUGAAGUGAAUGAAGUGGAGGUAGUGCAAAGUGGCCCCCUUGUUGUAAAGCUUAGGUGGGGUCUGAAAAUCACUGAAGUAUCAUCCAUCACUCAGGAGAUUGAGCUUUCAGCUGUCAGUCCUUACCUUGUCUUCAGAUGCAAAGUAGAUUGGCUUGAGAGUCACAAGUUCCUCAAGGUCUUGUUCAAUACUGCUCUUCUUGCCAGGACUGCAACCUUUGAUUCACAGUUUGGAUUUGUCGAGCGUGCCACACACUGCAACACCUCAUGGGACUCAGCCAAGUUUGAAGUGUGUGGACAUAAGUGGGCUGACCUCUCGGAGCCCAACCUGGGCAUGGCUGUCCUGAAUGAUUGCAAAUAUGGCUGGACUGCACGAGGAAGCACACUUAUGUUGUCUCUGCUGCGUUCACCCAAGGCUCCUGAUGCCAAAUGUGAUAUGGGACAGCAUACCUUCUCCUAUGCCCUCAUGCCUCACAAAGGUUGCAGAGAUAAGACCAGAGUACAAAGAUGUGCCUAUGAGUUCAACAACAACUUGACCCUGCUUUCAACUUCUGUAAGUCAUGAUAGUGAAGUGUGGUUCAGCCUGGUUGGAAGUGGAGCAAUGAUUGAGGCAGUCAAGCUGGCCGAGGACAAGAGUGGUGAUGUGGUGGUGAGGGUGUACGAGAGCCUUGGUGCCACCACUUCUGUAAGGUUGAAGGUCCCCAGUCAGCCCCAAAGGGUCUGCCUGUGCAAUGGACUGGAGGAGCCACUGAGUGACCCGAGUCUUGAGGUUGGGGAGGGUGAUGAGGUGUUUGUUGACCUCACCUUGUCUCCAUUCAAGAUUGUCAGCAUUCGCAUCACUUAUAACUGAAGUACUCUCUCUCUCUCUCUCUCUCUCUCUCUCUCUCUCUCUCUCUCUCUCUCUCUCUCUCUCUCUCUCUCUCUCUCUCUCUCUCUCUCUCUCUCUCUCUCUCUUAAAUAAGACAAGUGUCCUUACUCUAAGUGCCAUAAAAUUAUUAUAUGCUUAUGUAUCAGUGCUAAUUUUUUUCCUUUUGUCUUUAAUAAAUUGUAUAAUGUUGAGCUUCCACUGUACAUAAUGAAUUUUUGAUACAGAUCAUCAUCUGCAUAGUACAGUAGUUAGUGUGGAUUUGGUAUUGAACUUGUAGUCUUUCCAGGAUCCUGUAAUUGUAAAGGAACCUUUAUAUGUUUGUAUGUUUUCAUCUUGACUGCUGGGUGGCUUGUCUGCAUUAUUUUUUAUUUUCUAUGUUAUAGUCUUUUCUAGAUCCAGUAAUCGCAGAGGAUCCUUUGCAUGCUUAUAUUUUGGCUCUACUGGGUAGCCUGUCCGCAUUAUUUUUCCUCUGGCAGCACGGCCAAAUUUGUGGUGAUGAGGCAUUGCAAGGUACUUUGUGAGUGUCCAAGCUUGUGCAGCCAAGGAAAAUGAUGAUGUCAUUAUGGUAGUGCCACCAAAAAAAAAAAAAAAAUGGUGGCGCCACCAUAGUUGCCUUGUGUGAAGAUCUUUGUGAAUACAUUUUUAUGUUCCCAUUACGUGAAUAUUACUGGCUUGUUUAGUAUAAGCUAUCCAGGGUACUCAGAAGUAAAUUUCAAACAGC